AUGUCGAAUGAUGCUGAGAAACAAAAAGAAAAAGAGAAUAUCUCAUUAAGUCGUCUGCACUGGUUGAUUCAGCGCAGUAAGAUAGACUAUAAGGGCAAUCCCCCGCCUUUUGAAACCCCCAAAACACAGAAAUCCGUCGAGUUUGCAAAAAAGCGGGCAUCAAAUGAACGUGUCGGCGACGCUGACUUUUUGCCUUUUUGGCACGGCACCUCUUCACUUGCGGAGGAGGCGAGAUCCGCCAAACACUUACGUGGAGUGGACAACCACAGGUUUCAAGAUCGAAUAGAUACAAGAAAACUUAACUACUACCAUCAGAGAUUAGACAAAUCCACAGGGAUCCCAGAGAUUGUAACCGCACUCUGCUGGGAUUUAAAAAUAGACGACCCAAACGCCACAAAAGCUUCUCAAUCAAAGAGGAGUGACCCACAGACGGUGCGCGCAUUAGAGAAGAAACGUAACAAAAAAGGAAUCAGUAAUCCAUACCUUGCGACACUAUCCCGUGCGGAGAGAGCAGUCAUUUAUAGAGAGGAUAUCUUGAGUCAUCCGAAAUUCACAAAAGAAAGUCGAGAGUUUUGGGAGGGUGAUGCCUGGUAUCGUGGGACCCAACUUGUGGGACCACUGCACAUAGAAACCGCAAAAAAAACUUCAGUGCCUUCCACUCGAAAUUGUAUUCGUAUGAAAGGUAGUGGUUGUAAUUAG